UCAUGUUAGCAGCAAUACCGUAUGUGAGAGAGAGAAGGAAAGAGAGAAAGAGAGAUUGAGAUUUUCAUGUUACCUUCCUCUUGCUACUGCCUUCUUCACCUGUUUCUCUAUUGUCAGCCUUGCCAUCCGAGACAGUGUGUGAGAGAGAGGGAGGGAAAGAGAGAGAGAGGAUAUACAAAGAGAGACUAGUAGUGACGACACCAGUAAGAGAGAUAACAGCAGCCAAGAGUGGAAAGCGAAGCACAGUAAUCCGUUUUAAAUUCGAGUCGGUCUUGUUAGAAGAGAACUGUCUAGUUGAAGGUUUGCUGACCCUCUCACCCGAAGAAAAACAAAAACUUCAACCGCUGUUCACCAUAUAAAAGCUGGACUUUAUGGUAGAAAUUACAGUUAUUAAAAAGGAAACAAAACGAAGGAAGGAUAACAAAUUGUUAAUGAUUUCUUAGGUGAUUGAUUAUUUACUCGAAACUGGAGGGAUAACAUUGCGUGCGUGUGUGUGUGUAUAUAUAUAUAUAAUACAUAUAUAUAUAUAUAUAUAUAUAUAUAUACACAUUAAUUGAUUAUAUAUAUUUAUAUAUACUCUUUUUACAAUCAUGGCGUCUAGCUCAGUUAGUCAGGAAAGCUUAGACAGAGAGGACAUUGAUAUUAGCAACCGAAGGUAUAAGGUGCGUAUGAGUCGGCCAAGGGUCGCAGCCAACAAAGGAGACAAAGAAGGAAUCGGUGACCAUUCCGUCGACACGCUUAGGGAUCAGAAUGGAGACCGCACAGACCACUAUUCCGGUACGGUCGGUGACGAUUUGGAAGGAGUAAAUCGUGUCAUGGGGUCUCCGGCUACUAGCAGUACAACUACUACCAUCGGGGGAGUUGACCAUGAAUCUCCCACCCGGGCCGCAUCAUCCAGGGCUAAAGACAAACGCACUCGGCCAAAUCAUUUACAUAAAGGGAAACCGCCAAAGGAUAAAAGGAAACUCCGCGAGAAACGUCGGAGCACAGGUGUGGUCCAUCUACCUUCUACUGAGUUUCAGUCAUUGGACUCUGGCCAUGCUGGGGAACAACCUUCAGAGAUUUUAGUCAAUCGUAUCAACACCAAUACUUGUUUCAGCCUGAGCACUGGAGAUUCACUUGAUGAUGAAGAUGAGGGUGACAAGAUUGCCUUAGAGACAAAAAGGAAUACCACGUUUAAUGAGGUAAUUCAUGCAGAUAAUCGGAAUUCCACUAUGGCAUCUGAUGACCAUGUACCUAAAACCUACACUGCACGAAGAACAAAGAGCCCAUCUGAUCUCGAUGCUGACUUGGAAGAUAAUCAAGAUUAUGAUAGUGCAGUUAGCCAAUCAGAAACUAACCUAACUCUGAUUGGUCAAUCAGAGCCAGCAUCAUCAGGUGCUAAGACAAGUUACAAGCCCUACAGAAGUUCCCGAAGUCCUUACUCUCCACCCAGUUCUAGUUUCCGAGUAUUGGGGAGUGACCAAGAAUCUAAAACUCCUACUUGCUCCAACUCUUCUUCAUCCUCUUCUUCUGUGAUGUCCCGCUACAAAGAGAUUGAAUCUGGAAAGAAUCCCCGUGAGCCUACAUUACAGUCCCAGAUAAAAAAAAGAGACCUGCAUCAUUGUCCAGAUAGUGACUACCAGCGUCCAGUUUCAAGUCAGUCCUCCCAAGUGCAGGACAGUUGGCAGUCACAGUCUACUUAUAACCAAAGCCAUCUGCCAUCUCUGAAAGAAAAUCCAAACUACAAUGUGAAAUCAUACAAAGAAAACUGGUGCCAGGGUUCCCAACAGCAACAAUCACAAGAAGAAUAUUCAUUAGAUAAGCUCCUCAACCGAGAGCGUGAAGAGAACCGACGCCUUAUAAAAUUACUUGAUGACAAAGAUCGACGGAUUGCUGAGUUAGAAAAAGAAAUAGCACUUCUGAACAAGCAACACUGACCAAUACAUGUGGAAUAUGCAGGAUGUGGAAGCAUUUGAAGAUGAAAAUGAAACUUUGCAAGUUGAAAAUCGGGCCCUGAUAAAUGCAUUUUCGCAAUUGAGUACCACAGUGUAAAUAAUGUUGAAUUGUGUAUAUGUUCUGAGUGUAUGUAGGUGAGAGAGGGUGAGAUAGAAAUGAUUAGCUUUUGCUCCUUGCUCUGCCUUUUUCCAACUUUACCGCCCUUCCCACAAUCUUAACAGUAGAAACAAUUAUUUUGGUUAAUGUGCUCUACCUAUCUAUCUACCUACCUACUUAUCUAUCUCUCUACAAAGCUCUGUGAUAGAUAUAUCACAGCUACUUUUUAGUGCAACAUAUCUACUAUUCAUCAUGUUCUUGGGAUAAAAAACAGAAAAAAAAACACCCCAGAAAAAUAAACAAAACAAAAACAACAAAAACAAUUUCUAUUUUGUUUUUGGUUCUUUACACUUUCCAUCUUCUCAACCACCUCCACAAAAAAAUGAACAAAAAAAUACAGCAUAACAAACAAAAAAGGGUAAAACCCCCCAAAACAGCAAAACAGCAUCCAAAUAAUAAUUAUAAUAUUUUUCGUAUGUUUUGUUGAUUUUUUUGUCUCUAUAAAUAUUAAAUAUGAAUGUACGUCUGUUACAUUCUUUUAAAUCAAGUUUUAAUUUACUAGAAAAAGAAGAAAAAAAACCUUUCGAUGAAAGAAAAACUGUAUAACACCAAUGUCUGUGCUCUUGUAUUAUUUUCUGUAUUUGAAAGUUAACCAGUUAUAAGAACUGAAUAUUAUUGGGUUUCAGAAAAUUUUGGAAAAUAUCUUAAGAUGGCUUGAGCAUUUAAAUGUUUCCUUUUUUCAACUCUAAGAUUUAUCAGUUGGAAUAUAUUAGUUGCAUUCACAAACACAACAACCAUACAUACCUACUCCAUGUGUGUGUUCCCUAUCACAUUCAUUCGUGCACUAUACAAUUUAGGCAGUUAUUUACACACAAUCAUGACUAUAGAGAUUCUCAUUCGUCCUUUUUAAAAAAAAAUUUGGAUACACACACACACACACACACACACACACACACACACACACACACAUGCAUAUAUAUAUAAUAAGCUUAUUGUAUACAGUGUUCUGGUGCACUACAACUCAUUGGAAUACAAUAAAAGUGGGGACAAAAAGCCACAAUAAGUCAAGUAAAAAAGACAGCAAUAAUAGCCAAAACUGCAUGCAUAUUAUACAGAAUAAAGCACAAAAAGACAGUGAAAUGAACAGUAAGAAAAUCAUGAAGAGGAAAGGUGCAUAGACACAUCAGUAGUGUUGACAAAUUUCAGAUAAACAUGGAAUUUUUGAAGGAUACAGUGUCCUCACAGCAAUAACUGCCGUAGAUAAUUUAUGUGAAUUUUCAAAGAAAAAGAAAAUAUUUCAGUGCAGAAGAAAAUCUGUUAGAUGAAUACCUUUCUAAGAAUCUCAGAAUAAGGACACUACAAAAUUUUUAACACACCAGUAAGCGCACACACACACAUGUACACACAAUUAUUUAUUUAGUAAAAUUUACAAUAAUUCAUGUCAUGAAAUUAAUGAAAUCCUGAUGGCAAUAAAUAGUCAGUAAUUUGAAAAGAAAGCCAGAAAGAGAAGCUUCAUUUAAAAUCUGAGUGAUUCAUAGCAGAGCUAACACUUCCAUUGUAAUAGAGAUGCAGUCAGUUCCAUUUAUAUAUUUAUUCUAUACCUAUCUGACUUGCUGGAAUUUAUAACUACAGCCUAUGAAGUUUAUUUUUAAGAUAGCAUUUGAGAAAUUUGAAUAAAAAAAAAAAUCAUACAGAGACCUUGUGAAAAGUUGAUCUGAAUGCAUUUUAUUUUUCCAAUUCUCUUUUUAAAAGGGAAAUAAGAGAGUUUAGAUACUAAAGGAAACAAAAAUUAUAAUUUAUAUAUUUUUUUAAUGGAGGUUUAUUUUCUAAAUAAGUAUACAUACUUAUAUAGAAAAGAAACCUUUAUGAAUUGUGAUUUAUUUUCCUUUAGUGCCUGAUUGUUUAUUUCUUCUUUAUACUUAAAAAAGAAAAUUGGAAUAUGAAACACCAGUAUUUUACUAUCAUUUUAAUUGUUAUAAUUUUCUUCAAAGAAAAUUUUUUUUCUUUUCUAAUUGGCCAAUAUCUCUUGCCCAUAAAAUCAUUUUUUUUUGUUGUUAGUCAAUAUACUGUGAUCAAUUAAGGUGAUUUGGAUUUGUGUUGUAAAAUCUCUUCAAUGAAAGGAAUAAGCUAUGCUUCAUGAAACUGAAAACUUACUUUAAUCCAAGAUGUUAAAGAUGUUUCUAGUUAGUCAACUCAACCUGCUCAAUGUAACAACCAAAUCUCUAUUGAAAUGCUUGCAAUCGUUGUUAAAAUCAGAACAAUAUGUCUUAAAGCAUCCUAUAUUUGGCUGUAUUCAAUGAAAUUUGAUUUCUGUAUAGAUAAAACUGUCUUUCUGAAGCAUCAUCUUUAUUGUUAGUUGGUGUCAUAUGAUGUAUAAUUGUUAUCCCUUUAGUUAUUUAACAAUUCUUCUUAUAUAAUGCAAUAUAGUUUGGUAAAUUCUGUUGCAAAUAUUGUAGGGUAAAGGAAGAACAAAACAAAACUCUUAAAUAUCAGAUUUCUGAUGAAUUCAUCAGUCAGCUUGAUUGCCAUUGCAAUAUUAUAUCAAAUACACACACACAAAAAAAAAGUUGUUGAUGCUUAUCCCCAGCUCAGCAAUGACCAAGCAGACUUUAUGAUCAAAGGCAUUCUAGCUCUGACCAUCCCACCUUUUUCUCAAAUACAGUGUAUCAUGAUUACAUUAACCAUAUCCCACCUUGAUUUAAAGAUGGCAAGGCAUCAUUUGAGUGAGAUAUGGCUGCUAUUUGUAGCAGGUCAACCAACCAUGUAGAAGCUCCCUCUUUCACCUUGAUGAAUUCCUCUUUAUUGAGGACAGUGAAACAAUAAAAUAGAUUAAUUACUAACAGAUCUACUUGGCUCUGAGGUCAGAUUGUCUUUUACUUUUUAUCUAAGUCCCUGCAAUAUAUCGAGUUUGAGUCAGUUAAUUACACUAUUCCCUCUCUGCUUAUGGAAAUUGCCCUUGUGCCUAGUCAAAAAUAAAUUCCAUUUUAAUAGUUUAGUCAAAACCCCAUCACACACUAACUUACAAAAUAAUAGAAGAGGGGUUUCAUGUGAUCAUAUCCUUGCUAAUAUCUUGCCAACUUGUCUUCAUCACUUUCGAUUGUAUAUGAUUGGGGGGGGGGGGGCUUAGUCUGUGACUGCUUGUGAACAACAAGGGAGGUAACUAGACUAUUUUCAGUGUUAUUUGCUACAUUCUUACUGUUUUCAACUGAAGUCCUGCUGGUUUGAAAAUAAGUAUCACUAGUAUAUUGGGUUUGAGCCAAUCGAUUACAUCCAUUCCCUUACAAAAUCUUUUGCCUUGUACCUAGUUUGAAGAAUUCAAUAAUGUUAAUAACAGGGAUUUAGCCAGUAAAAUAUCCUUUCAGGGUCAACAGAGUCUUAUUCUUUUAUAGUGCCUUUACUUUUACUCUUUUAUCAUCUGUCAUUUCUUUGGAGUUUAUAAGUGACAUUUAAAAAAAUAUAAUAAUCUACAUUUCUCUAGUUUACAAUUGUCUUUAUCUAGCAGGUGACAGCUCUUUCAUUGAAGGGUAUGAAUUAUUUGUAGGAUUACAACUGGCUAAAAUGACAGGGUGUUGUUAUUCGGAGUCAUAACUGUCAGAUUUAAAAGAAUGUUGGUAUUUAGAAGGUCAUAGACAUCAGAAAUGAAAAUAUUGAGAAGAACACUGUUGUAUAAGGUUUUGAAAUAUUUUUUUCCAGCUCUUUAUGUUCUGAGUUCAAAUUUUGCCAAGAUUAACUUCGCCUUUCAUCUCUCCAGGUUUGAUAAGAUAACCUACCAAUCAAGUACUGGGGUUGAUAUGUUGACUAAUCCCAGCCCCUCAAAAUUGCUGAUCUUGUGUCUAAAUCAGAAGGUCAUUGCUGUUUGAUAUGAAAGAGUGUCAGUAUUGUGAAGAUCACAAAUGUCUGAGAUGAAAGAGUGUUUGUUGUUAUUGAGAGAGUCACAGAUGACUGAGAUAAAAGGGUGCUGUUAUUCAGAGGAUCACGGCUAUAUAGGAUGAAAGAAUGUUAUUAUUGAGAGCAUUACAACUAGCUGAAGUGAAAUGAUAUUGGGCUGACAGUCAAAACACUUUGUAACCUGUCCAAUAUUUAAUGUGUCCAUGGCCUUAAUUGCUGACUCACUACAUACAUCUAGCUAUAUAAUGAAAAGCCAUCAUGAAAGGCAUAGUUUACAUCUCUUUAAGCAAAUUUAUAUUUGAUAACAAUCUAAUACAAAUAAAUUUUUAUGAAUUUUCUUUUUUAAAAAAUUCUAUUGAAAUAACUUUAUUCAGAAGAAGCAAAAUUUCAUAUUUUGGAAUAUAUAACACCUGUUUGAACAAUUUCUGUACUAAUAUAUAAUACUUGUGUGUGUGUAUCUUAUUGCUCACACCAUGAUGGCACUUUGUGUGCCUGAAAGAAAUUUUAUAAUAGGGUUGGCAAAAUACAUUACAAAGCUGAUGUACAAUUUAACAUUUUCACUAUGAAAAUUAUUUUUAAUGCACCAUCUGUAAUAUUCAUGAUAAUAUAAGAAAAUGUUGAAUAGUUACACUCAAGCUAAAGUCCCUAUUUAAUAGUGACUUCAUUUUUCACUUUGAUUUAUGUAUCUUUUAUGAAAUAUAAAUAUGCAUGUGUGUGUGUGUGUGUGUGAAAGAGUGGAGUGUUUUUUAUAAAGCCAAUCCAUUUCAUUUCUAGAUCCAAUCUUAGUAUGACAAUGUCAUACUAUGUAUCAGAAGAUUCAUCAGGGUGUACUAGAAAGGUUGCUUUAUCUCUAGCAAGGCCAAUGAGCCUCCUCUGUGUUGUCUGUUUGUUCAAAGCAAACAUGACCAAGAAGGUAAAGGAAGAGAGAGUGUGUGUGUGUGUAUGUGUGAAGGGUAAACAGUGAUAGAAGCAAGAGGAUGGUAGGGGAGGGAGUAAUGAAGGAGAGACAGUGACAACUUAUUUGGUUAUGGAUAAGGAGAUUGAAUGGGAAUACAGCACAAGCAGUAUGAUGAGACAAUGAUAAAGACGGGUGAUGGUGAGAAUGGUAAAUGUUAAUGCAAAGUGUCAUGCGAGAGAGAGAGAUAGCUGCAAGUAUCCCCUCUAUCGAGAUCUAGAAGUGUGAAGUCUUAGAGUUGAGGUACAUCUGAAAACGGGCCUAUUCAUUGAAUAGCUGCCAAUUCUUAACAAGUGUCACAAGUUCACAUUCUCAUAUAGUCCAUAGUUGAGGAUUUAGCGCCUAUGCCUCCUGAAACUGAAUGCAUUUUAAUAUUUAGCGCAACGAUUUGCUCUAAAUUUACAUCUCAAUUAGAAAGUAAUAAUUUCAAGUUUUCCCUCCCUCAACAAAGAGAGAAUGAUGUAAGGGAGAUAACUAAAUUAUCUUUCCGCACGCUUUUCAUUUUACUGAAUUUAGGGGAGACUACUUUCGAAAAAUUUACAUUAAGAUUAUUAUUGUUAGGUAGUAACACCUUCACACACACGCGCACCCAGUGGCUACUAGAUAUGCAUGGAUGGUAGUGUUGAACUGAGUGGAUGAAGUGUUACAAUUGAAAGAAAGUGUAGUUUUGUGUAAAAUGCAUAUCAGAACAACUCGUGUAUUUUGCAAUAAUUAUAUCAUUUUCUAGUAUUACUACACCCUCAAGGCUAAGCUUACUCUUUGGGACUAAAAACCACUUCAAUUUUGAACAGCUAGUGAUCCUGUGUGAGGCAUAAGAGUGUCCCACAAGAGAAUACUGUUAGCACGUUUGGUAUAUAUCUACUAUUGGACAAAUAUUCUAGAUGACAUUCUAACUCAAGAACACUACAAUAAAUGGCAUCCAAAAAUCAAA